AUGGACGAAAUAAUCAAACAAGUGCGCCAUUUAAAUGGAUACAAAAUGGGAGACCGCAAUAUUACAAUUCUGUGUUAUGCCGACGACGCUGUGCUAUUCGCAGAAAAUGAGGACGACCUCCAAAGACUAGUAUAUCUCUUCAAUCUAGUAGCAAAAUCUUAUAACAUGAUAACCUCUGCAUCCAAAACAAAGAGCCUGACAGCUUCAAAAAUACCUAUCAGAUGCAUGAUUGUCGUGGAUAACACAAUAAUACAGCAAGAAAUGAAAUUUAAAUAUCUCGGUAUAGAGUUAUCAGGUUAUGGCGAUAUCGAAAUUGAGGUAAGACAACAAACAACAAAAGCAAUGAGAGUGGCUGGAUGUCUGAACGACACCAUAUGGAAAAAUAAAUACGUAGGUGUCGAGAUCAAGUCACGAAUAUACAAGGCUAUCAUCAGACCCAUAAUGACCUACACAGCAGAAACCAGACCGUAUACA